AUGAAACUUUAGAAAACCUAAGAAGUAGAGAAGAAAAAUAAAUAAGAACUAGAUGACUUUCAAAGAUAAAUUGCCUAUGUAGAUUAAGAGAUUCAUAAAUUGAGAUAGCUUCUUUAGUAAAAAGAGCUUGAGAAAAAGAAGGUUAAAUAGCAAAUCGAAGAGGAAAUCUAAUAAGAAAUCUAAAGAUAAGAAUAGCUAUCGAAGAAGUAGCUUGAGGAAAAGUUAUAAAAAUUAGAAUAAGAAUAUAAUGAAAAGCUAUAAGAGUUAUAAAAAUUAAAAGAAUCAAGGUUGAAGCUAAUUUAACAACAGGCUUAGUAGGAGAAGCUGCAUAUCUAAUAGGCAGAAGAGCAGAAGAAAAUGUAAUAGGAACAAUUUUAAAGCUAGUAAAAAUCAGAAUUGAAUUAACAAAUAAACCAAUAGUAGACAAUAUAAUCAAAGCCAAUCGUUUAAGAAGAAGUAAAAUAGUAAAUAACAUAGUAAACUCAAUAAUAAUCAGCAAUGCCAUUGGCUUAAAGUGAAUAAUUUUAGGAUAAUAGGCUUAUAAACAAGAAAAAUGUGAAAUACCUUGAAUGCAAUAUUAACAUUAUCGAAGACAAUAAGAAAAUCAAAGAAUUCUAUAUAAAAUUAGAUGCUUGGUACAACUCAAGGAAAUCAGCAAUUAAUAUGGAAUUUAAGAAAAGAUACGGAUAGGAUAUUGAUGGAGUUCUUCAAAACUCCCUUAGCAGGCUUGAAAAACUUUAGGAGCUUGAGAAGUAUCAACCUUAGUAUGUUCCUGGACUCAUUAAAUAAAUUAAUUAAAGAAAUGCUGACAAUGUUAUGCAGGCAUUGUCAUCUAUUCAAGAUACAUCUGACCAGAAAAAGGUAGCUUAUUACAGAGCUGCUCAUGUUUUCUUCUUAAAUAUAUUCAAAUUGAGGCAGACUGGAUAGAAGCUAGAGGUGUUUAAGUCCUAAUACCAUGAUUUUUACUCAGACAUUAUUCACAACAUCAAUUACUAAAUGCCAUAGACUAACAUCAAAUCUAUUUUAAUGGGCAAAGCUUUAUAGUAUUCUUGCUUGCUGCUUCCCUACUACCCUGAUUUAAAGAACUUUCAAGAUGAGCUUGAUAUGGCUAACGCUAUGGGUUACAGAAAAGCUGACCAAGAAAGAGAAAACUAUGAAGAAACCAGUAACAGGAUGAGUAAUUAUUGUAGACUAAUGUUUUCGAUUCUUGUAGAUGAUGCUCAUAUAGGAAGACUUUUCUAAAUGUUUGUUUUGUAUUUGAACUUUAGAUUUCAUCAACUUUCUUCUUAGAUUAUUUUUGAUUUCCUUGAUUUUACUGGAUAUCACCUAUUGAGGAAAUAUGGAAAAGUUUUUGCUGAGAUAUUAGAGGGAAUGCUUUGUAGAGGUGAUGGCUAUUGUGAUAGAUAUGAAAAAUAUACAAGCGAUCAAAUGAUAAAUGAGAUUUAAAAUUGUGAAGAUGUUGUAGGAGAUGAGCCUGAUAAAAGCAAUACUGGCAUAACUAUUGUCGAAAUAUAUAACAAAAAGUUAAGAUCCUAGUGUGAAUCACUUAUCAAAGAUUUUAGAUAGAAAGGAAUAAAUAAUAAUCUGCCAAGGUACUGA